CGCCGGUGCACACACAUUGAACUUUCACCCCUAGAACAGGUUUAUUGUUUUGAUUUCGCAGGUUUUCUUCCCGUUAGAAUUGUGGCUAGCGUGUCGAUGUAACUGAUGUUAUGAAACUUGUGGUAGUCAAGAGUGUUUUAUCUCACGCUUACCUACGAUGCGAACAGUUAACAGAGUCGUUGUUGAUAAAGAUGCUUUCUCCGAGAUCUCCGAGCUAGCUUUAGCUGUGCGGCUAACGGAGCGUACGUAGCUUUGGUUACAACAUGACUGUGAUGAGCAGCGGUGUGUAGCAGCGACCGUGCCCACAUUGGAUCGGACCGAUAUCCUGCUUGUCAGUUGCCGUUUUUCCAGACUGCCCCGAGACUGUUUUUGUAUAACUACAAAACGGCUUUUCUGAGCCAGUAAGAUAAACUGUUUGCAUUCAGUCGGCAAGUUAGCUUCAAAGAGGUAUGUGUGCAGACUGAACUAGCUACAUUAUUGACACUGAUACUUUGACCUUUAAAAAAGAACAACCAAAAACAACGUGGUUGUUGCAUGUGUUUAAUAGUAUUUGAUUUCCCUGGCCUCAUGUCAAUUCUUCUCCGCUGUUGCGUAAUUGUGGUCGCCGCAGCAAAAUGUAAUUCCAUCGUUUCAGUGUUGGAUACUCGCAUCGCUUUCUUUCAAUGGGUGAGGAAAAGCCGGACACGCUGGACUUCGUGAAGGAUUUCCAGGAGUAUCUGAGCCAGCAGACUCAGCACGUCAACAUGAUAUCCGGCUCCGUCAGUGGCGUCAAGGAGGCGGACGAGCUGCCAGCAGUGUAUAGUCAGAACGGGCUGGAUCACUCCUCAGUGGACAUGUCACUGGAGGACAGUUCAGGGAUCCUGGUGGAUGGUUUUGAGAGGACCUAUGAUGGCAAGCUCAAGUGCCGCUACUGCAACUAUGCCACCAGGGGCACGGCACGACUCAUUGAGCAUAUCCGGAUUCACACAGGAGAGAAGCCGCACCGCUGCCACCUCUGCCCAUUCGCCUCAGCCUACGAGCGUCACCUGGAGGCCCACAUGCGAUCGCACACAGGCGAGAAGCCCUACAAGUGUGAGCUGUGUUCCUUCCGCUGCAGUGAUCGUAGCAACUUGUCGCACCAUCGCCGCAGACGCCACAAACUCCUGCCAAUGAAAGGCGCUCGCUCACUUUCCCACAAGAAGAUGCUGAGUGUCUUACAGAAGAAGGCCAGCUCUUUGGGCUAUGGCCGCCGGCUCCUCAUCAACUUUAGCCCCCCUUCUAUGGUGGUGCACAAGGCUGACAAUGUCAAUGACUUCUCCCAUGAGUUGCCCCACUUACGUCAGGAGACCUAUGAUAAUCAGAGUGGGGCAGUCGAGGAUAGGCUCUCCACUAAUCAAAAUCAUCAUCACCAUGAUAUGGUUAUGGAUAACCCCCUGAACCAGCUGUCCACACUGGCUGGCCAGUUGGCCAGCCUCCCUUCAGAGUCGCAGGCCCAGACUCAACCUCCAAUGUCUCCAGGAGCAGAAUCUAUUGUCGAUGAGAAGCCCUUCCUCAUCAAGCAGCCCCACCCUGCUGCAGCUCCUGAGGCUGUCACAGCCAGCAUGGCUCAUGCUGCCUCCUCUUCCCCAAUUACCCCAGAGCCCAGGGCUCCUCCCCACAGCAAUUGCAGCCCUGGAGGAGGACCCUGCAGUGAGCACAGCGGCCGCACCAGUACCCCUAGUAUCUCCAACAGCCAACCCAGUACACCAGUUCCAGGCCUGUCCGCCCCACUGCAGGACCACCACAUGCUGCAUCACUGCCAGCACUGUGACAUCUACUUCCCUGACAACAUCCUCUACACAAUCCACAUGGGCUGCCAUGGCUAUGAGAACCCAUUCCAGUGCAACAUCUGCGGCCACAAGUGCCAGAGCAAGUAUGACUUUGCCUGCCACUUUGCCCGCGGGCAGCACAAGUAAUGGAUGAAUUUGGACUGAAGAAUUUUGAACAAACGGACAGCUUUAUUUUUAUUUUUUCCAUAGUAUUUUUAUUUAUUGGUCUCUUACUUGGCCUUGAUGUAGCCUAGCCUUUGACGGUUGUACAAGAACAUGUCAACUUUUAGAUGGUUCCAUUUUGUAUGAUUAAGGGUGCCCACUCAAGUGUAUUAUAAAGUGAUGAUCAGUGUUUCUGAGAGGUUGACAAUUUAUUUGUAAUGGUAGAGACAGUCACAUUCAUGUGCUGUUAAAAAAAAACUUCCAAAGGCCAAACUAGUUAACCUUAUUUAAUGAACCAAAUUCACAAUAUUCGUUGAACUUUGUUGUUGUUGUUGUUAAAACAAUGCUGUUCAAAUGCUGCAGCUUCCUGUCAGUACAUGAGCGUAACUGUUAAGCAAAUUUUUGAAAUAUGUCUUUCAAAUGAGACACCAUGCAACACAAAGGUAACAUAGUGAGGUCACUAAAGUGGCUUUCAUUGUACCCCUUCACAGCAAAUACAGAUGCCUACAGUUUUCUACAGAUUAUUUGGCCUCAUAUCAGACUGAGGUGAAUCAAAAUCAGGGGCUGCUGGAAGGCAUUGAUUCACAAAUAUAAAAAUAUAACUUGUGAAUGCCCUAGAAAAUUUAACGUUGCAUAAAUGCGAUUUGAAAUCGGAUCGUCCAAAAGCAAGAAAUUCCUUUAAAUAUAUGCUAAGGGCUAUCCUUUUUUGUAGUUGCUAGAUGUAAGGUUUUUGUUGACUGAAAAACCCUAUAACAUCCCCUCAUGGAGGGAAAAGUCCAUGACUGUAGGUCACUUGUGCCUGUAAAGAGAGCAAGGAGGAGAAAUCUGACUGGGACACUCAAAUAAAUUCUCAACACUCCUGGUCCUAUAACUAAUUAUUUAUGACAGGAGUCAAACUGUUGGCCAGGAGUGAUCUGACUUAAGCCUUGUUGAAAUUAUUUCAGUGCUUGGUGCAUUACUACUAUUUAUUGGCAGUGCCUGACAGUCACCUUUCUUUUGUGUCUUUGGAUAAAAACAAUGGUUACUUUGAAGAAUUGUCACAAUAACCUCUUCUUACUGUAACUAAUAGGCCCAGAACCUUAGAAAAAAGUUUGAACUUUUAAGGUUUCUAUGGCAGCCAUGAUUUUUGUUUCUUUUUUUUGCCAAAAUUCUGCUCAAUAAAUGCUGCUAAGAAAACCAAUGCCAGCUGUACUUUAUGGAUGGUAUCCACAUUACAACCUGGUCAAAGAGUGAUUUUGGUCAGCCACCUAAGUUGUUCAACUAAAUUUAAGGGAAGUCGUGAUGUUUUGAAGUUUUGAAGUUCCUCCACUCCAUGCAUAUCCUUUUAUUUACAUUGUGUCACGUUCAGAUCUUUUGAUAUUGUAUGAAGUCACUUUGAUAUUCAAUAUCUCCAUGUUUAGGACAUAAUCACCAAGUCUUGUGUCUCAUGUGAUCACUUUUUUCAGAAUGGCCACGUAGCACUGGGACCACCAUGUUAUAGCCUUUGCAAGAACACAAUAAGAUUAUCCAUUGAUCAUAUGGGUCCUAGUGCUUUUCGGAAUUUUUAUUGUAUUGAGUGGUUGGAUAGAUGUUCAUUGUCAAAAAAAAAGAAAGCAAAAUCAUGUUGCAGUAACACUGCUACUUUCGAAAGAUUGUUCUUUGUCUCGGGUACAGUUGUCUGUUGCUUGGCAACAUGCAUGGAGAAAGUAGUUACUGUUUUUAGGACCUCCUCUUUGUCACCAUGCUUACCAGUAAUAAGAGCAUCCAGUAAUGACUGCCUUAUGUUCUCUCAGUGUGUUGUAGGUUCAUAGGUAAUGGUGGAUGUUGAAGCCUCUUGGCGAUCGCUCUCUCCCUCUGGGAUGGCAAAUCAUUUUAUUGUGAGAUAGAUUAAUCAAACUAAUUUAUAAGUAAAGUGUUUUCUAACUGAGCCGUGCUCUGUCUUUUGAUUUUCCUUUGUCUCCACUGUCUUUGUGCUCAAGAAAAAUAAACAAAGGUGAUACUUGU